AUGUUGCAGCUGAAAAAGAAUAAGAUCGUGACAAAUGUCUCGGAAGGCCAGGUGGAAAUACGGCAGAUGGAGGUAGAUUGGUAUUGUGGAAACUACCAGACCAUUUCAGGACAAGCAGCGAUGCUGGCAGGCUUUGCCUUCAAUUUCAUCACGGCACCGAUGCCAGAGGAGAAGCAGAACGCAACGCUGGAACUUAUUUAUUUCUUCUGCGUUUGUGCUGCAAUGGGUGCUGAGCUUGGAGUCAUUGUCAUUUCCAGCUCGUUGUCUGUUUGGGCACCAUCACUGGCGCUGAGAGGCAAGAGAGGUGCUACUGACUUGCAUAAGGCAUGCGACACCCUUCGAGACUAUCAAACGCUGGUGUUUAGCUGCUUCAUGUGCGGAUGGGUGAUCUAUUUCGUCGCAAGCAUUUUGCAGGUUUGGGUCUUCUACCGGAAGUCCAUUGCCAUGUUUGUUUCCAUCCCGUUCUGCCUUUUCACGCUUGCAAUUGUUUGGUAUCUCUUGGAUUUGCGGUGGAAGCUCAGCUUGCCUGAAGAUCAGGUGGUCAGUGGAAAGAUUGCGCACUUUAAACGCUAUGAAUCCAUUGGUGACAUCGCUGAUGGUCUGGGUCGCCCAGAGCCGCGGUGUUUGUCGAGAAGAUGGCCUUGGAGUUGGAGUUUGGGAUGA